UGACUAGAAAAUGACGUAAUGCAGUUCAGGAUGUCGCUUGGAAGGGAAGACAAGGUGUGGUCUGGGGUGCUUCAUUUAUUGCCCUGAUAUAUCGAUUAUCGUCAGUUGACGAUCUCCAAGCCAAUCAACUUCCCUACCCUCGGAACAAGAGCGCAGCACAAUGAAGGUCAUCAUCACAGGAGCGACGGGCCUCGUUGGCGGCGCCGUGGUGCGCCACUGCAUCGCAAACGAAAAGAUCACCCACGCCUUCGUCCUGACCCGCAAGCCGCUCCCAGAGCUCGCCACCGACCCAAAGGUCACUGUCGUCACGCACGACGACUUCUCCACCUACCCCGCCGACCUGCUGGAGCGGCUCGCCGGCGCCGAGGGCUGUAUAUGGGCGAUAGGCGGCAGGGCGACGCAGUUCCCUGACGUGGAGACGGCCAAGAGGGUGGGAGUGGACUACACGCUCGCGGCGGCCAACGCCUUUGCGUCUGCGCUGGCGCCGCGGCUGCCCGACGGCCGGGCGUUCCGGUUCGUCUUCUGCAGCGGCAAGUAUGCGGAGUGGGAACAGGAGAAGUCGCUUGCCUUCUUGGCGGAUACGCGGCGGAUCAAGGUUCGUUCUGCCAUUGUCAACGCUGGAGUUUGUCCCGUUCUUGAUUCUGACUUGCGCCGGAAUUAGGGGCUGGUUGAGAAGGGGUUGUGCGACAUUGCGGAUGCCAACAAGGGUCGGCUUGAAGUCUGGUGCGUUCGCCCGAGUGGCAUCCUCCCGUCGGACGCGGGAGCCCUGUCUAAGGUAACUGGCAAGUUGUUUGGUGCUAUCGGUGUGGAUCAUCUUGCUUCGGACAUGGUGAAGGUGUUUUUGGAGGGAUAUCCGGACAGGAUCAUCGAGAAUGAUGCGUUGCUACAGAUGCACUGAGAAUGGUACCUGGGGGGAGAGAUCGUGGUGCAGAGAGAGAUCGUGUUUCUGCAUUGCAACUACAAGGAGCUUUCUGCUCUUUUUUAUGAAUAGAUGGGCAUCGCAUCGAUGACCAUCAUCUGGCUUAAACUGUGCAUAAGGAGUGUAGAGAAGUGAAACUGUAAUGCCU